AUGAAAAAAGAAAAUAGAACUCUGCCCCCUCUCGUUCCCCUCACGUGGCCCGAGCCCCUGAUGCUAAGGUUCCAGGCCGCGCUGAACGGCUACCUGAACCGGCAGGUGGAGAAGCUGCAGCUGGAGCUGCUGGAGCUGGUUCGUGCACCCCCACAUCCCCACCCCUGGCUGUGUGCCCACAAGAGGGCCCUGGCCCUGCGGUGCCUGCUCUCCCUGCCGCUGGGCCCACCGAUCCUUCCCCUUCUGCCACCCGAGGGGCCAUACCACGGGGGUAACACCGGGGCCAGCGGACGCGCGGCCGGGCCUGCUCCCUCUGCAGUGGCGGCGCUGCAGACCGAGAUGGAGAACCUGGCCCUGAACCUGUUCUACAUGCAGAACAUCGACCAGGACAUGCGGGACGACAUCCACGUCAUGAAGCAGGUCGUGAAGAAGUCGGAAGCGGAGCGGGCGCGGGCCGAGCGGGACAAGAAGCAGCAGGACCUGCACGUGGACCAGCUCACCGCCCGGGCCCAUGAGCUGGAGGAACAGAUCGCCCUGUUCGAGGCUCAGUCAGGAGCCCAGGCGGAGGAGACCCGGAUGCUCCGGAAAGCCGUGAGCGAGGUAAGAGGGACCCCACGCCCUCAGCCCAGAGGCACCCGCAGCACCACCGUGCGGCACCCACGAGAAACAAUGCAACCCUUCUUGGUUGUGAGAGGCCCUCAGGGUCCCGGAGACAGAGAGCAGCCGGCUUCCCGGAGGUGGGGACCUUUCUCCCGACCAGGGGGGGCCUCUAGGAGAUGGGGGCCCCUCCGGAGCCUCCCAGGAAAAGCGAAGGUUCCGACGCGUCUCCUGUGGGUCCUGCAGGUGACACACCUGUCCAACAUCGACGGCGACAUCGCCCAGGCCACGCUGGACAUCACCCACACCAACUGCCGGGCGGACGUGCACCGGGAGGCGCUGGCCGAGCUGGACAAGGAGGUGCAGAAGGUCAACGAGCUCAUCGGCAACAGCGAGAGCGAGAUCACCCGGCGCACCAUCCUCAUCGAGCGCAAGCAGGGCCUCAUCAACACCCUCAACAAGGAGCUGGAGCAGAUGGUCUCCGAGAUCGGGGUGGGCGCCGGGGCCUGCGGCCGGGCCCUCGGGGGAGAGAGGGAGACCAUCGAGAUGCAGGACAAGCUGGAGCAGCUGAACCAGGAGAAGAUGUCGCUCCUCAACCACCUGGUGGAGGCCGAAGCCCGCCCGCCCGGCCCCGUCCUGCCAUGUCCCCGAAGGGCCAGGCUUUGGAAACCAAGCGGCCAGAGGGGACCCCUCCCCUGUCCCCCGGCCCCAGAGGGACGCGAUGGGGGUGCCAGGAGGACAGGGGGGCUCAGCCGCCCGCGUGCCUCCGCCACAGAGAAGAUCGAGCAGGAGAAGAGGGAGCAGAAGGACAUCGAGCGGCACAUGAAGGACCUGGACAACGACCUACGAAAGCUCAACCUGCUCCUGAGCCGCAACCGCAGCAGCUCCGAGGGCCUGCAGCAGGCCAACCUGCUCACCGAGAGCCAGUUCCUGGGUGGGGUCCUGAAGCAGGAGCUCGGGGAGCCUCGGGAGGAAAGCUCCCGAACCCUCCAGCUCCCACGCGGCCUCUCCUCCUUUUCAAGACACCAGAUCCUGCUUUGGGAGAAAAAGAUCCAGCUGGCCAAGGAGAUGCGGGCCUCGGUGGACUCGGAGACGGGCCAGAAGGAGAUCCGGGCCAUGAAGGCGGAGAUCCACAGGAUGAAGGUCAGGCACAAGCAGCUGCUGAAGCAGCAGGAGCGGAUGAUCCGGGACAUGGAGCUGGCCGUGGCCCGCAGAGAGACCAUCUCCAUCCAGGCCGAGGGCCAGAGGAAGAUAGACAAGAAGGUGUUCACCCGGUCGGACUUCCACCACAAGCAGUUGGAGCUGCGGCGGAAGAUCAGGGACCUUCACAAAGCCACCGAGGAGAUCAGCAGCAGCAUCGUGGAGAUGGAAGAAAGACAAAAGCGCAUGAGCAACUCCUUGCACGAAAAGCAGGCGCAGCUGUCCACCAUGCAGGCCCAGGCCGAGGAGCUCGACGCCACCCUGGAGCAGCUCGUGGUUCGCAAGCGACAGAACCUCUCCGAGCUGGUGACCCUGCAGACGCGCCUCAAGCACCUGCAGGCGGUGAAGGACGGGAGGUACGUGUUCCUGUUCCGCACCAAGGCGGCGCAGGUGGAGGAGCGCAGGCGCCUGGACCACCGGCUGGCCGCCAUCGGCGCCAUCCUGGACCACGUGAAGGACGAGCACCCCCAGUUCCAGGAGGCCCUGCUCAAGCUCAGACAGACGAUCGCCAGCCAGCUGGACGCCCCCGGGCCCUCCUAGCACGCAGCCCUGCCCGAGCCUCCAAGGCCGGCCGGCCGGGAAGAGACCAGGGUGCUGCAUAUUCCCUGGGAGCCGUAUCUUUUUGUGUCCCCGGAAGCCACGUCCACCCGCAGAGAAUGACGCUGAGAGAAGAACAGGCCAGCGCUGCAGGACACUCUGGCCCACGCUUGUUUAAACCAAUCACCUCCCGACCUUCCUGGUUGCGUUUAGGCAGGUCAUCCCUUCGCAGAGGCAGCGCCCGGGAGGCAGACCCUGUUCCCAGGUGGACGGAGCACGUGCUCCCCUGAGCAACACCUGGGCUGUGGAGGCUCCCGUCUCUGCACGUGCGCAUCUGCAAACUCACACCCACCUCCUCCUGGGCAGCUUCUCGCUCCCACCCCCCAGAGAACCCGGGUCCCUUCCCCUCCCCCACUCCCGGUCCGGGUUAAAUCCAGACUCUCAGCCGGAGGGAGGACGAGCUUACAGAGAGCCAACCGCUGAAAUAAGACCCGCCCCAGGUCUGCCCACUGGUCCCGCCUCCAGGGUCGGAGCGCCCUCCUCCCCCACCCGGUUCCCCAGCACCUGUUAGCCGGCCUCUCUGCAGUGGAACCGGAAGGGUUCUACAGAAUUUCACUUGCACACUUUUCAACAGAAAAAUAAAUAUUUUUUCCUGAA